UGAGUACAGUUAGCUAUCUGGAUGAUCCAGCGGCAUUUAGGAACGGAGAAAUCCGAGAACAUUGCUUCCAGACGACUUCUCUCAUCCGUCUUUGACUCUUGGAUGUUUAUAAAAUGUCUGGGUUUCAGGAUCUUUCAGAGGUCCAGCAGCCGUCAGUGAAUUCAGAAGAGAUCUCCACUGAGAAGCAGGAGAGGAACCCCAAUUUGAACCAAGAAAUAAGCAAGCCUCUGCAAAUUAAAGAGGAACCAGAGGAAGAAUGGAGCAUUCAGGGGGGAAAGCACCUUCAAGGGCCAGAGGAGGAUGAUAUUAUCAAGUUCACUUUUGUUCCUGUCCCUGUGAAGAGUGAAGAAGAGGAGGAGAAACCUCAAUACUCACAGCUUUAUCAAAGCCAAACUGAACAGAUGGAAACAGGAGCUGAUGGAGAGCACUGUAGUAGAGUAGAGGUCGCCAGGUCCUAUGAUUCAGAGAGAGAUUUACAACCAGAGACUGAGGUCAAGACUGAAUACUCAUCAGAUCCUGGGACUGAUGACAGCACUGACUGGAGGGAGGCAACAGAAAACCAGUCAUGUUCAAUCUCAGUGGGAACAAUCCCCAAAGAGAGAGCAGAGACUGAGAAGAAAUUGCAUAUUUGCUCUGAGUGUUGUAAAAGAUUUACACACAAAAGCAAACUUAUAAAACAUAUGAGAAUUCACACAGGAGAGACACCCUUCAGCUGCUCUGAGUGUGGAAAAAGAUUUAAAUACAAAUCUUCCCUUACAGACCAUAUGAGAAGUCACACAGAAGAGAAACCCUUUAGCUGCCCUGAGUGUGGAAAGAGAUUUAAAUAUGAAUCUUCCCUUACAAGUCACAUGAAAACUCACACAGGACAAAAAUCCUUCAGCUGCUCUGUGUGUGGGAAGAGAUUUAAAUUCCCACGUUACCUCACAAGACAUAUGAGAAUUCACACAGGGGAGAAACCUUUUAGCUGCUCUGAGUGUGGUCAGAGAUUUGCACAGGACUCUCAGCUUACAGGUCACAUGAGAAUUCACACAGGAGAGAAACCUUAUGGCUGCUCUGAGUGUGGAAAAAGAUUCAACCAUCAAACACCUCUGAACAGACACAGGGCAGUUCAUACCAGAGAAAAACCCUUUAACUGCUCUGAGUGUGGCCAGAAAUUUACGCAAAAGGGAAGUUUGACAGAACACAUGAGAAUUCACACAGGAGAAAAACCUUUUGGCUGCUCUGAGUGUGGCAAACGAUUUAAUCACUGUUCCGAUUUGACUAGACACAGAGUGGUUCAUGCUAGAGAAAAGCCUUUCAGCUGCUCUGUGUGUGUUCAAAGAUUUACCAGUAAAAGAAGUGUUACUUUACACAUGAGACUUCACACAGGUGAUAAACCAUUGGGCUAUUUGAGUAUGGUCAGAAGUUUACCCAAUUUGACUAAAUGUGAAAAUUCAUAAUGGCGACCCAACUGAGCUGCUUUGAGUAUGACAAAAUAUUGAAUUUAAAGUGUGGUCUGAGAGCUCAUCUGGCAACUCAAAGAAAAGAGAAAGUAUUCAGCUGCUCAUAUAAUAACUCAUCCAGUUUAAAGGUAACCUGACAGACCAUAUGGAGACAAACCCUUCAGUUGCCCUGAGUGUGGUAAAAUAUUUAACUAAAAAGUAAGUCUGACCAGGCUAUAGAGAACCCAGAGAGAGAGAGAGAUUAUUUGGCUUUUAUGUGUGUGACAAAAAAUUUUCUGAAUCUGACUUUACAUGUGACUUUCUGAACCUGAGACUGACACCAGUGUUGUGUACCCUCUAAAAAUUGUGAAUUUAUCUUAGUAAUCUUAUAUAAUACUACUGAGAGACCACUCUGAGUGUGGUAAUACAUUAAGUUGGAAUUGUCUCUUGAAGAUGCAUAGCACAAAACAGAAAGAAAUCGUGCUCAGACAAAAUCUUUAAAAUGUAAUGCUUUUUACUGUUUCUGAAAACCACUGUUUGUUCAAAUCUUUUGAGAUAGAAUGCACAUCCAAAUCCCAAAACCUCAUUUUUGUCCUUUAGACUUCACAUCACCAGACCUACUUCUGCUCAGAACCCACACACUGCAGAAAAUACCAGAGCCUACAGUGUCAAAUAGACAUAUUUUCAAAAUAUGUUCUAAACUAAUAAAUUCCUUGUGUUAUAACAUUGACAUGAUACACCUUUAGAAACUGUGAGCCAAAAUAUAAACACCGAUAGAAAACAUUUUGACAUUGCCUUAAAAUUCAGAUUCUGUACUAAUCCUCUUCCAUAUAGAAUGCUGAUACUUCAGAACUGGAUUUAACAGCAGUGAUUCUUUCUCUUAAAGCUCAUAAAAACAGGGUCUGGUCCUCUGUUUGUUAUAGUUUAUAGAAUAUAACAAUCCAAUGCAUCCACUUGAAAUAAUCAAAAUCACUGUGAACAAAUUUACAGACAUUUCUAAAGGGAAGCAUGAAGAUACCACAUCACAGCAGCAAAAACAAACAAACAAACAAACAAACAAACAAAAAAAAAAAACAUGAAAAGAAAAGUUUUUUUUUUCUAAAUUUCAUACAAAAUGCAGUCUGGUGCCCUAUAUCUGUAAGUAUCAAACUGUUAACCAGAAUUAGAGGGUUUCUUGAUUCUCUACAGGUUGAAGAUAAAAUGACAUACAUGUUAGGACAACACAGAAUCGUCUGUGUAGACGCUGCCAAAUACAUUUAAUCCCGCCAUAGCCUGAGGGACAACCAAUCACUCUCUUCCCAACAAACACUGAAUUUUAUGUAUUUUUACUUUUUAUUUUUUCUUUAUUUUUAUUUAUAUUCUUUUUUAGCAUUGUUGUUUUAUCUAACAAUCAGACUUACUUCAUUAUACAUUGAUUAUGUGUGGAAUUAUUUAAUAUGCAAAUGUAUAUUAUGUGUAAAUAUUUAAUGCAUAACUAUUUUUACACUGUUUUGGCAGUAACUGA